AUGACGAGAUUCGCCUAUAUUCUUCAGCUUUUAGGUUCGGCAAGCAUUGCCUCAGCAGUAGGUAAUACACCAGAGCGAGAUUCGAUCAUUUUGUCAGAGUCGACUAUAUCGUCUCGACGUUCUUCUGAUGCUCCUGAGUCCUCGGCCUUGGGCGUGACCUUUUCAUUACCAACAGACGCUACCCCAAACUCGAGAGGCAUCAUUGAGCCGACCGGUCGAUUAGCGAUAUUACAAAUUGUUACUCCCAGGAAUAAGAGAUGCAGCAUCAAUAGAGGGCAGACGACCAAUGGCUUUGUCGGCAUCGACAACCCUGCUAGCUGUGCAUUUGCUACAACUUUCAACUUGGCCGAAGGUCAGCUUUUCCAAGAUGGUGUGCCUGUUUACUACUCAGGUGAAAGCUACAAAGAGUUGGCCGGACAGGAGUUAGCAGCACCAGAAGAUCCUACAAGCAGGGCUAUCACCAAAUUUUUUGAAGAUGUCGGUCGACUUGUGUUUAGAAACUCAGGUUUGCCAAGUGGUAGUGCAGGGUUCUGCCAGACACCUGAUGGUGUGGUCUAUUUGACCUUUACCAGCGGACCGUCAGGAUAUAAGACAGUCAAUCUACUUGUAUAUGAUGUUUCACAAUGCCAGAAUGGUCAACUCGUCGGUGAUGAUGACCUGACUUCGACCAUCUCCGAGACAGUCACCCGUGAAACAACCACAUCUAGUCAAACAAAUCCCACGAUCACUUCUGGUAUCAAGGAGACUACAGCGACGGAAGUCACUCCAUCCUCUGGAACAACUAAUUCCGAAGAAGCUACAGUUGUCUCCUCCGAAACUACUGAGCAAUCUGUUUCAUUAAGCUCAACUAUGUCAUAUAUCUCGCAGUCAAAGACCACAACGGCAGAGACGACUACUGCUGGAGAGACUACCACGGCAGAGCCUACAGCGCCAGACACCACCACAGCCGAAACCACAACUGCUGAGCCCACGACUACAGAAAUCACCACCUCGGCCGCCCCUACACCAACAACUCCUGCUACAGGAUGUAGCGCUCUAGGCAACCUAGUGACAGUCGAGAAGGCGCUGCAUUGUUCCCACUGUAACCUGACUUACUCUGGCUCAACAAGACCACUUGAGGUUGGAAUCGCAUUUGUGUUGAUGGUGGAGGAGGGCACAAUUUCGUUAAUUAGCGGUGGGGUUAUCGAGCCGAGGGAUUCUGUUACAGCGAGGACUCAGGGUUAUCCAAAGACAAUUCAGAAGCCACAGAGGUCUCUUGAAGAACAACAGAGGUUGGAAGACUGA